AAGAACAGUCGUUAUUGCAGGGGCUCUAAUAACAUAUGUGGGACUGUUUACAGCCAUUUCCUGAUUUACGCGAAUAAUGCGUUCAAGAGUCAUAUGUUUUGUCGCGGUUCGGGUUUAGAAAAAACGUGCUCUUCAAGAAAAACAUAGCAUAAAUAAAGAAAAGUUAUGCUUCGGUGCUGUCAUCCUUAUUUCAACCCUCUGCACGGCUGUUUCACGAGAUCCAAAUUCUAUCCUGAGUUGAAGUUGGGAGCCUUUUCGGGGAUGCAAAAAAUGUUGUGAAGUGAUUGUAGCUAGCUGUCAAGUCGUCAGCAUACGAAGCAAAGGAAUAAGUGAUGGUCAAUAGGUGAAACGAGUGAAACGGGUGACGAGAAUCGAUUGUGCAUAGCUGUUUGUGGGUUGGUGUGAUAUUUCACUCGUGUAUUUCCCUGCCAAUUGUGUGUGAUUGUGCUCUCUGUGCGCCUGGUUGUGUGUGUGUGUGAGUGUGGGUGUGCGUGGAGCAAGGGGAGCAGCUCAGGACAUUCCGACGUUAAGGAGCAUUCGAAGGCGAUAAGAAACAUCCGUUGUUUGCGAACGGAACGCAACACAUAACCCAGUGUCCUUCGGGAAAUUCUCAAGCUGUACGCAUCUAAUCAGUAUGACGUCCAUCGCCGAGAUGCUGUUGAGCAAUCUUAGCGAAGCGAACGGUCCUUCGCCCAUCCGUUAUUUUUAGCACACUCAGGAAGAUUAUCGAGAAAUUAUUACACCAUCCGUCUAUUCACACAGAAGACAGAGCAUACUGUCCGAUCAUGGCGUCCGAAUGUUGCGUUCCUGCACUGGCAAAGAGGGCGGGAAAAAAGAAAAUCGAGACGAUAGAAAGACAACCAAGACCGAUUAUGUGAAGUUAGAUUGUAAUAUAAGAGGGGUUGAGGGUGAACGACAUACUACUUGCUCAGGAUGGAAGAGAAGAUUCUACAAAGUAAAGCCGUAUAUAACUUAGCUUACUUAAGCCCACUUUUAAUCUUUCUUUUCUUCAAUAUUUCAGCAAGAUUAGCAUGGAAUGGGAUCAUUUUCGACGAAAAUGCAAGAUGAAAGUGCCAAAGAGUUGCUUUCAUCUGUCAACUUACUUGGCAAAGUACUGCCAACCGCAGAUAUCCAUUGCCUUGAACUACAAGCCGUGAUGAUGUGCUAAAAUGUGAUUAUAUGACGUUAUUACCAACAUCGCAUUCUUCCGUAGAUCCCAGGCGUUCAAAAGCAAAUUUGAACAUCAGUACAACGCGAUUGGAUCGUUGCCAAUUUUAUUGUCGCCCAGCGUAGGCUGGAUGAUUUGUUCCAAGAGCGAAGAAAAUUCGAAUCGAACCCGAAAGCAACAGAUAGUGUUGAUAUUGUAUGGCAGGAUAUUGUACGAUGAUAAUUGCUAAAAUGAUUGCUUGCCUCUUUUUUCGUUUUAGUAUUGCGUUUCGUGCUGUGUGAAGUUCGUCGAACAUGAAGCUCUCGUGAGAUAAAUCGAUCAAUAAACAAUUGACGAUUGUAUCGGUGCUCUUUUGACUUUCUUCUCAUUGCACACCGAUUGCCUUGGCACGAAUUAUCGAAACUCAUCCGCAACCCUUAUCGUUACGCCGAUCGUUAUCAUUCGUAGCCCGAUAGCGGGAUAUAUGACGGGUGUCCAAGGGGAUCGUGAUAGAUGCACGCACCAAAACAAAAAUCCCACUGUAACGAUGAUGCUACUAAUUUAAUUUCUCCGUCGUAAUCGCGAUAGAGCAAAAAUCUUUAUCAAAACUCAACGCGCCCUGUUGUCGCAACCGCGGGCCCAUAUCUUGCGACUGGCGAUAAAAAAGGAACCGUUGAAAAUGGCCCGACCGUGACGAUGCUGAUACGUAUGUGGCCCGAAAACUUAUGGUUAUCGUAACAAAUGGAUGGACCUAAUGGUUUCAGUUAGAUACACCGCUUGGCCCAGCACGUACACGUUAUUUACAUGGUUUGACUAAAAAGUCCAGGUGUGGGUGUGUGUGUGUGAGUGCGUGCGUUUGUGAAAGGAAAAAAACGCAAGAAAUUACACGUGUUUUAACACAAUUCGACUAGUUGCAUAGUUUAAUUCGAUUACAGUUUGCCGUAUUGGUGUACUAAAUGUGUUGCGAACGUCCUGCGAAUAACUCCUUCGGUAGAGUUUCCUCGCCGAUGUCCACAGACCAAUGGCUUUGGCCGCCUACAGAUUGGACACCGUACCGAAUACCGCCCCCCAGCAUGGAAGCGACGGCCGCUGGUUAUGCCGAUUGUUUCGGCAACGGCGGACCGCAUCUCGUGGGCAUUGGCGGCAACAGCAACAUGGUCGGUGGUGGCGGAGGACCCGGCACGUCACAUCCGGCGGUGGGCGAUGGCAGCGGCCAGGCAACGAUCGGUGGCGGCAACGGCAGCACAACAACAAGCAUCCAAUGGGUGGGAAAUGCUGCGGGUGGUGGCGGUGGUGCUGGUGGUGCGACUACGAAGGAAGAUCUGGGCGAUAUGGCCUUCUACAUGCCCAACUAUUCGCGCGAAGUGCUGAAGAUGAUGUUUAUGAUGCGAUCGCACCACAUGCUGACGGAUGUGACGCUCGAAGUCGAGCAGGAAACGUUUCACGCACACAAGGUCGUCCUGUCCGCUGCCAGCCCAUACUUUAAGGCAAUGUUUACCGGCGGGCUGAAGGAAUGUGAAAUGGCACGCGUAAAGCUGCAAGGCGUGUGCCCAACCGCCAUGACGCGCAUCCUGUUUUUCAUGUACACCGGGCAGAUACGGGUGACCGAGCUAACCGUAUGUCAGCUGCUACCGGCCGCCACCAUGUUUCAGGUGCCGAAUGUGAUAGAUGCGUGCUGUGACUUUCUCGAACGCCAGCUGGAUCCGACCAACGCGAUCGGUAUCGCGAACUUUGCCGAACAACAUGGCUGUGAGUCGCUGCGCCAGAAGGCAAACCAAUUCAUUGAGCGUAACUUUACCCAAAUCUGCCGUGAGGAAGAAUUUCUCCAACUGUCUGCGAUGCAACUGAUAUGUCUGAUCCGAAAGGAUGAGCUGAACGUGCAAGGCGAACGAGACGUGUACGAUGCGGUACUGAAGUGGGUAAAAUACGACGAGGACAACCGAUAUCCGAAGAUGGAAAGCAUCUUAUCGGCUGUGCGCUGCCAGCUGCUAACACCCAGCUUCCUGAAGGAGCAGAUGAAAAACUGUGCCGUACUGCGCCGAGCACCCGGUUGUCGCGAGUAUCUGGCCAAGAUCUUUCAGGACCUAACGCUGCACAAGCGGCCGGCAGUACGAGAACGGAAGCCCAACACCACACGGAUGAUCUUUGUUGCCGGAGGGUAUUACAAGCAUUCGCUCGACAUGCUCGAGGGCUACAAUGUGGAUGAUAAGGUGUGGCUCACGCUACCGAAGCUAACGGUGCCACGGUCUGGGCUGGGGGCUGCCUUUCUUAAGGGCACAUUCUAUGCGGUCGGUGGUAGAAACAACUCGCCCGGUUCGUCGUACGAUUCCGACUGGGUUGAUCGGUACAAUCCAGUCACGGAAAGAUGGCGUCCGUGUUCACCGAUGUCGGUUCCCCGCAAUCGGGUCGGUGUCGCCGUAAUGGAUGAGCUACUGUACGCGGUCGGUGGUUCGUCCGGAUCUGACUAUCACAAUACCGUCGAAUACUACGAUCCGGAAACGGACCGAUGGACACUGGUGCAACCGAUGCAAUCGAAGCGACUUGGAGUGGGUGUAGCGGUCGUCAAUCGAUUGCUGUACGCCAUUGGUGGUUUCGAUGGGAAAACGCGUCUAGCCUCGGUCGAACGUUACCAUCCGGAGAACAAUGCCUGGACGUUGGUACCCCCGAUGCGGUACGGACGCAGUGGUGCCGGUGUAGCUGCACUACAUCAGUACAUUUACGUAGUUGGCGGGUUCGACGGUACACGGCAGCUGGCUUCGGUCGAGCGUUACGAUACGGAGCAGCAGUGCUGGGAUAUGGUCGCCCCGGUCCGCAUCGCUCGCAGUGCUCUCUCGCUGACCGUGCUCGACGGGAGGCUUUAUGCGAUCGGCGGAUACGAUGGGCAGGACUUUCUUACCAUCGUCGAAGUGUACGACCCGGUGCGGGACGUCUGGGACGAGGGCACUCCACUCACGUCCGGUCGCAGUGGUCAUGCAUCCGCCGUCAUCUACACACCGUCCUGCAUCUCGAGCUACAUGGAAGGUUUAAACCUGUGCACUGGUGAGGAAAAGCGCCGUGACUCGGAUGGUGCGACGGAUCAGCAUCAUCCACCAUCAUCUUCGGCAGCACCACCACCACCGCCUGCACCAUCUUCCGGAUCGGCACCGGGUUCAGGGUCCGGGUCUUCUUCACGCCCCACUGAUAAUGGUGUUGCAGAAGGUACAUCGGACAGCCGACUGGCUACGGGUGAGCGAGAUGACGUGCUGGAAGAAACCGACGGCGGUGAACCGUUUGCCAUGGAAACUGACUCUAGUCAAGAGGAAUGUGAUAAAGAUGUAAGCGAGGCUGGCAUCAUUAAUGUGCCUUUGGAGUGCGCUCCACCACCCGAAAUGGCACACGUACGGGAGAGUAUGUCAUCGCUAGCAAUCAUGGAACAUCCCAUGCGCACGGAGAUAUUACCACCUUCGAUGCGUCUUACACGUCGCAUACUUUCCUGUCGCCGGACAAAACGAAGCUCCGGCAAGGAACGCAAUAGUGGCGUUCCGUCACCGUCAGGCUGCGCCAAACGGUCGUCUUCAGCGACGGCUCGGUACACACUGACGUUAGCGCCCGUACCGUCCAGCCGGAAAUCAUUGGGCGGCUCAUCAUGCUCGGAUGCUACCGGCGGUGGUGGAUGCAAAAGUAAACGAAAAGCACCUAUUACGGCUGGUGGUACCACGAGUGAUGAUCAUUGCCCAUUGGUACGUCUAAAAAAGCGCAUAACCUGUUUCGUGUCCGCUAUUGUAUCGCCUACCUCCUGCUCGGUUGCAUUGCCACCAAGCACCGGUGGUUCUUCGUUGCACGAAGAAUCCAUUGGUGCGACCACGACCGAUGAUAUAGUGCCAACGGUACCCGCGAUCGUAUUAUCCACCGCGGACGAUUUGAAUGCCGUCAACAGUGAUGCUUCCCGCGACUCUAUUUCAUUUAAUCCCGCCGGUUGCAAUUCUUCUCCCGCAGCAUCAAGCGUGCAACACCAGCUACGAUCACCGAACGCAAAAUUAUGACACUUGUAAUGCACACUUGCACACUGGUAGAUUCCUUCUUCCGGACGAACAUCCCGCUUGCUUUAGGAGAAAAAGUAUUCCGAACCGUUUCUCCUACGGAGAGAAGUGGCCAAACCCCACUAGACCAAAUACCAAGGAAGGCGAGAACCGAACUGUUAGCUGUCGAUCUAGAAUGAAUCUGAGUACCAAAAACCUCACUUACACAGACGAGUGCGCGGUUUGUAGAUAGAUAGGACGGGCAUGCAAUAUGCGAGAGAAGAAGGAGGAAAGCUAAGCUUUUCUCCUUUCCUUCUUUCGGCCUGUGCGAAGACAUUCCUCUGGAAACGAUGACGCCGAGAUCGAGAAAUGUGCCAAGAUAUAGGAGACACGUUAAGCGGACCAGGUGUCGUAUCAAAGAGUCAUAGGCUCUGGGAAUUGUUUAGGGAUAUUGGUUUUAUGUUCUACUUAGCAACGCAAUUAGGAGAGGGAUACCAAAAAAACCAAAACUGUAUAGCUCUCGGCAGUGCUAGGUAUUUUAAAAGAAAAUGUUUCGUUUUUGUUUUGUCCUUUGGCAAUUCCUUUCCGGUUUGUCUUAUACUAUGUAUAAGACCGGUACAAUGGAAAAUACCCCGUUUCGGAUUAAUCUCGCGUUUGACAUUCAUGUGUAGGGAUCACAGAAAGUGGCUCAGGACGUUUCUGGAUGUAACUUUUCCGCCUCUCGGUGGGAUGGAGCAAUUAUUGCUAGAGUUUUAAUUUUAUUACUAUUUUUUUUAAUAAACAUAAAGCCCAACCGUAACGUCACAUGAUCA